AUGGCCAGUCAGUCCCGGUCCGGGCUUCUUCGCGGCAAUAUUGUUCGCUCGAUCGCAGCCAGCACCGUUUCGACGCGCUUGUCCUCUUCGUUGAUUAAAUCACUUCUCGAAAUUUAUCGUCGCCAUCAAUUUCGUCGAUCGUUCGUGAGUGUCCACGAACCGUCAGCCCUCGCACGUCCCGCGACUCCGGUUGGUGGUUAUCGAUAAAUCGGACCGUUUUGGUACCCAUAUUGCAACGGGAAGCGGAGGCCCGGUGAAAUUCUACGCGCUCCCUAAACAGUGAAAGUUUCGAGCCGACGAAAGAGACCGAGAGAAGAACACGUCGGACGUUGUGUCAGUUUUCGAAAAAUGCUCCGCAGUGCGAUCCAGAGGAUUUUUAACCCCGAAGACGAAGAGGCCUGCCGCAGAUUCGGAUUGGAAAUUAUUUUUUAAUCGAACAUCUUUGAUAUAUAUAUAUCUCGGUCCUUUGUGGAUUCGAUGAGAAAGAGUGACCGUAGCCUCGGAUAUUUUUCGAAUCAGAGGUAAGAUCGCCGGUGAAUCGUGGGAAUCGAUCUCGAGGCGCUUAGAGUAAUCGUUGGGAGGGGUAGGAGGGGAAAGGACAGUUGAAGUGGAAAAGAGGAUGAAGAGGAUGCCAGAGACGGAAGUAAAAACAUAGAAAUCGCGUCGUCCAACGACUCCGAAGAUCCGAUCGAUCGGAAUAUCGCGCGUGUUCGCAGACUCCAGGACAGCGAUGCGGUUGCAUUCCGCGGCAACGAUCCUUCCGCAUAAUCACUGACGCUCUGCAAGAUGCGAAGCGAGGUAGGAGAAUGGCUGCCCACUUGCGUAGGUUCACCGAUAUGCAUCCUGCUGCUAUCGUGGUCGCUGCUGAUUUAUCAGAACCAGCCAUCAUCCACGAAAAGAAGGGUCGACGUGUUUACAGUGGCCAUUCUCGCGGAGAGUCUCGCGCAUCAGCUCGGACUCCUUUCCUACGCGAUCCUUACGCUCAUUCGGCCGAGUAAUCACUUUGGAGAGUUCUGCUCGACUCUAGUCUGGAUGCUGAAUUCGUCCAGCAUCCUCCAGGAGCUGACGCUAACCUCUAUAGCGAUCUUCACCGCGAUCAGCACCAGAGACGACGGUCUACGUCUCACGAAGAACCACCUCAAGUAUCACCUCGUCAGCCUGAGCGUGAUCGCAGCCUGCGUCGGUGUGACAGGUGUCCUGAAUUUCGAGCCAGAGCUUUGCGUCUUCCUGGCUCAAGAGAUCUCCGUGAAAUACGGCGUGUUCGUGAACUCGUUGCGGUGUCUGUUGAUGGCGACCACCCUGAUCAGUUUGGUAACGACUCUGUUCAGGAGCGUUUGCCGGACGCGAAAGGCGGAAUUGCUCAAGUCCGUGUCAGACCUUUCGGAAACAAGCUCGAAGAAUUCCUCAGGAGCGUUCGAAUGCCAUCCGCACCACUGGGACCCUUCGAGCGGGUCCUGCACCAGCGGAUCCACCAACAGCAGAGCUUGCCUCAGGAAGAAGAGGGUCCAGGUGGACGAAGCCACCGGGAGACCCACCAUCUACAGCAUUCUCUUCGUCUGCUACGUCUUCCAGCAUAUUCCCAUUUUGGUAAUAUCCAUCAUGCCGAGCCUCCUCACAGAUUUCUGCACACCUCAGAAUCUCGCGACUUGGUUACCCCUGGUAAAAGAUGCCCUGUUACCUGUGUUCCUGGCGCUCUUCGACAAAAUGUUCUGUCGGUACGUGGCGAAAGUUUACACGAAGCAAGAUCACUCCAGGAGAUUGUCGCACGGUGGCAUAGACGGCAAGUUUCGUCAUUUCGAGCAGGACGCCGAGUACAAGCUGCAGUUGAACCUGAAUCACGGUCUGAAGUUCCCAUUGACUAACGGAAGCCUCUACGGACGAUUGCACAAUCAUCAGAACAGAGGAAAGACUGGCACCAUCACAAUGGGAAUACAACAUUAUCCUAGAACGCAGUCCGUCAACGAGGACGGUAAUUACGCUUCCCUUCCCGCGGAGUUGUCCUCCUUUACCAGUUCUACCUUCGAGCCACGCCAAGAACCGAACCCCAUCGAUACGUCAAAGAAGAUGACGUUAGAGCAACAGAUCAAGCGUCCAAGACCGAACGACAGCUUCCAGGAGCUGCCCAUCUGUCGCAGGAAGAUCGGUAGCACCGAUGUCUUCGGACAGAACAUGGAGAACCUGGUACAGUUGGACGAUCCCUGCAGCAAACGAAAAUUCACGAAAAGUUUGGAUGAAAUACGAGAGGAACCACUCGGAAGACACGCAAGGAGCGUGAUGGGUUUGGAGAAAUUGAUCGCAGGAUUGGACGGCAAUCUCCAGGAACAGCAACAACGUUACCCUAGAGUCGCUCUGCGAAGAAAUCAGAGCUUCGAUUAUGCUAGAUGCCAAUCAUACCAUCGACCGAUCCUCGACUCGAGGACGUACGACUUGAAGAAGCAGGGUCAGAGGAAAGAGCAACAGAACGUCCAGAGGCAAGAGGUCCAGGGAGGAGGAGACGGAUACGAAACCUCCGACGAUGAAAGCUGCGACAUGGAAAACGGAGACUUCGAUACCAUGAGCUCCUGCAGAAGUAGAAGCAGAAGCUGUUGCUCCGUCACCACCGUGGCUAACGACGAUUUCGAAUAUUUUCAACGUAAGGGAACCAAGGUGGAGCUGUUGCCCUCGAAGAGAGCCGGCGAGGUAAAGGUCAACAUGCGAUCUUUCACGCCGAGGAUCAUCGAGAACGGGACGAUCGACCACGAUGAGAGGAGGAACAAGAUGUCGGACACGAAACCGAGCAUACAAUCCUAUCACCUCAAGCAGAAGAGGAUAGGUCCUGGUUACUCGAUGAACGAUCUGGACAAGCUGACCGUUGACAGGCAUCUGCCGAAUCUCUCGAUCGAGAGCCUGAAGAGCAUCCUGACCAACUCGGGCGUCAGCUACAUGGACAACGGGGACAUCUGCAGGCACGACAUCGGCGGCUCCGCGCCCGACUUCAAGAAGAUCUUUGUCACAGAGUUCAUUUGAGCCCGCGUGCAGAGAUACUUUUGGAAAUUCACGCGUAUCCAAAAACACUUUUCGAGACGAGAACUUUCAUUAGUUCCGAGUCUGUACAGACGCGCGUCGAUCAAUUUCUUGGUUGUACAUUCAAGCUAAUUGGAUUCGGAAGGCUGUACAUACAAAGCGUUUAUGUAAAGUGAGAGAGCAUCUUAUGGUAGAAGUUGGUUAAAAAUGAGGACUCACCUUGUAAAAACAUUGGCCGGCCGAAGGGAAAAGCGGCCGGAUUAUUGUAACUACUCGUUGGAAGGAAUUAUUUAACAAGAUUUGUAGAAGUUGUAUGCAACAACGUCGAAAAGACUGUAAAAGUGUUCUUGUAAAUUAAAGAAGCUUCUUCUAUUAGAAAAGUUAGGAUUAACCCUGUCGGAAAGGAGGUGAGCCGAAUAAACAAGCAGCAGUCUCUACAAAUUGUUCUUGUAAAUUAACAAACGUUUCUUCUCUUAAACAAGAAACAAAUGAAUGAACCGUUGGAUCUAUCUUUGCACGGAAUAGUCUGUCGAAUUUAGUAGAAUGAUUAUAUUAUAGAAGGUCGUUGUUACAAGUGCUCUUGCAGACUUAGGAAGCCAUUUCUAUAAAAACAAGUUAAGCAUAUAUACUAAAGAAAUAUUUAUCAGUCGAAAGAAAGGAAUCAUCUUUUAUAUCAACGAUUAGGCAGUGAAGCUCAACGAGACUUAUAGAUUAGAAUGUUUAUAUUAUACAAGGACGUUGUUACAAGUGCUCUUGCAGCUUAGAAUGCCUUUUCGAUAAAAAAAGUUUGGCAUAUAUCCUAAAAAAAUAUUUAUCAGUCGAAAGAAAGGAAUCAUCAUUUAUAUCUGUGGUUAGACAAUGGAGCUCAACGAGACUUAUUUUGCGUGUACCAACGAUGGAGAGACUGUACAAGGUGUUCUUGCAAAUUAAAGAAGCUUCAUCUAUUAGAAAAGUAAAGCUUGACUCUGUGAGAAUAUCGAUCGGUUAAGAGAAGAAGCAAACAAACUACGUAGCGGAUAGACGGUUAAGCAAACUACUUUCACAUGAUUAGCUGACUUUUGGUAUACUAUAAUAGCCACGGAGAGACUGUACAAAGUGUUCUUAUAAAUUAAGAAAGCUUCUUUUGGGAAGGCAGGGAUAGAUCCUUCGGAGAAAUUGCACGCUAAUCCCCUGCAGUUCCUCUAUGGCAGCGAUCUAGAAAAUUAUAUAACUGCCACGCGGAAGUCGGAUUGGAAAGUUCGCGACAUCAACUGGUCGAGUCGAAGAAACCAUUAAUUAAUUUAGUAGUCAGUUUCUUUCCUAUUUCUGGCGCUCGCCCGAUGGGAAUCGUUUCUUCGAGGCUCGCGUUAAUUCGAUGAAAACGAUAAUCACGCUGCGGAUGUUUGUGCAAGAAAUGAGCAGAAAAUAGUAUCUCGCAUUAGUCUUUACAAAUUAGCGAUGUUUAUCCGUAAGUGUUCAUUCGUAUCUAAAUAAAGAACAUCGCGAUAGCGGAGAUGUUCAGCGAGUUUAUUCUGUACGAACUAUAGACGGAAUCUGUGUUAACCGAAAAUUUGUAUUCCGUUUACAAUUGCGAAGUCGUCAAAUCUAUAUAUAACGUAAAUUCAUGUAAUAAUUUUCUGUAAAAAAAAUAUGCAUGCACGAUCCGCAGAACGCAGGAAACACAGCGAAAUUAUGCGUUGUAAUUCGUCGCACGUCAAGUUACGCAUCGGAUGAACGAAUCGAAGCGACUUUAUUUGUACCACCGAUUCCAUGAUUAAAUACAACGAUGCGUUGCGAUGUGGCAUCCGCCAAUAAAUCAAAGCGUCCCGGCGCCGAUGUACCAAGGAUCGAAACUGCACCGAUUGACAAUGCGUUACGGUAGACCCGACCGUGUUUCUGAUUUCUCCACGAAUUCCUUUUCUCGAAAUACGAGAAUUCAAAGUAAAUUUCUCCGAGAUUCUUAGACGGUGGAAAUUAGUUUUGAAUUGUUUAUCACACACCGAACAAAUUCGUUAUCUGAAAGAUAUUGUGAUUUCUCGGGAAAGGAGAAAUUAACAUUAUAAACAGAAAAAUUCAAAAACAUCGAUAAAGAAUGCACGAUUAAUACACGCGUAGCUUUCCGUACAAGUUGAUGAUGUAUAGAUUGAUAGAAUUAUUUACGGUAUUUCUUAUUUGAAAGCAAAAGGAGCCUACAAUAUGCGCGAAGGUAUUAUAACGCUGUAUGAUAGCGAUAUACAGUUUGCGUCCACUAUAUUUAAACAUCGUGAGAAACGUUUUUUUUUUUUCAAAGUAUGAUUUAGAAAAGAGCGCCUAAAUCGACAGAUCUAUCAGGGAAUUGCUAACUCUAGCGCUAUCCCUGUUUACAGGUGAAUAAUAAUUUUUUCUCGAGAAAGAAAAUUCAAGGAGAAACUCUAAACGCAACCAAGUCUAAACAGGCAUGCGAACACCUGUAAAAUAUUUGUAAAGUAUGUCCUCGUUUUCGUGAUCCCCUUUUUACCCGUCUUGUUAUGUAAACAAGUCUUCGGAAAAACUCACGUCCACCAGAUUAUCGUAUGGAGAUCGUUUUGUACAUACCUUGUAUAUUUUUAUGGUAAUAUUUAAUUGAACAAAUACAUGUAUACGUGGCAA